AGCAGCCGGCUCGGUAGUCAACUCAACACGUCUGACGUCAACCGUCAAAUUGCGGAGUCAAGUUGUUCAGUUUAGUUUGUAUAUUUUGUUUAAAAUAAAAUAAUAAAGUUUGUGUCACGUAAAAAUGGCUCAGGCUAUGAAGAAAUUAACAACACAGGCUUUGAAGCACAACUAUGCUGAAGCAAUUACAACGGGAUUCGUAUCCAGAGCCAGUAGCACUUUUUGGAGUAAUGUGCCCAUGGGACCACCAGAUGUCAUUUUAGGUAUAACUGAAGCAUACAAAAGAGAUUCAGACCCUAAGAAAGUCAAUCUUGGUGUAGGAGCAUAUAGAGAUGACCAGGGCAAACCCUUUAUAUUGCCUUCAGUUCAAAAGGCAGAAGAAAUACUCUUUAAAAAAGGAUUAAAUCAUGAAUAUGCUCCCAUUGGUGGUGAAGCAGCUUACACUGAUGCAGUUGCAAAGUUAGCAUUUGGAGAGGAUAGUGCAGUCAUCAAAAACAAAUCCAAUUGUACUGUGCAGACUUUAUCAGGCACUGGUGCCCUGCGACUUGGCCUGGAAUUCGUUACAAAGCACUACGCCAAAAACAAGGAGAUCUGGCUGUCGACUCCCACGUGGGGUAACCACCCUCAAAUCUGCAACACACUCAACCUACCCCACAAAAAGUACCGCUACUUCGACGCCAAGACCAACGGCUUCGAUUUGAAAGGUGCUCUUGAGGAUAUCUGUAAAAUUCCAGAGGGUUCUAUAAUUCUACUGCACGCGUGCGCCCACAACCCAACUGGUGUUGACCCUAGGCCUGAAGAAUGGAAACAGCUCUCGCAGGUAAUCAAAGAAAAGAAGUUGCUGCCAUUUAUAGAUAUGGCGUACCAGGGCUUUGCGACGGGCAGCGUGGACAACGACGCGUUCGCUGUGCGACAAUUCGUCAACGACGGCCACCAGUUCAUCCUGGCGCAGAGCUUCGCCAAGAAUAUGGGUCUGUAUGGCGAACGCGCGGGCGCUCUGACACUGCUGUGCGGCGACGCGGAGUCAGCGGCGAAGGUGAUGUCGCAAGUGAAGAUCAUGAUCCGCACCAUGUACUCCAACCCGCCGCUGUACGGCGCGCGCCUCGUCACCGAGAUCCUCACCGACGCGCAGCUCAAGCAGCAGUGGUUGUCCGACGUGAAGCUGAUGGCGGACCGCAUCAUCAGCAUGCGCAAGCAGCUGCGCGCCGGCAUCGAGGGCGCGGGCAACAAGCAGCCGUGGCAGCACAUCACCGACCAGAUCGGCAUGUUCUGCUUCACUGGCCUCAAACCCGACCAGGUUGAGCGUCUUACAAAGGAGUUCCACAUUUACCUGACGAAGGACGGACGGAUUUCCGUAGCCGGCAUCUCUUCCAAGAAUGUCGAUUAUGUCGCGGAGGCCAUUCACAAAGUCACGUCUUAGACAACAUAUCAAUUUUAUAAAUAUUGUAUUAAUAACACAGAAUAGAGAAUGAUACAAAAAGAGUAUUUAUAAGUCGCGCAGUGAAGCCGGUGAAACUCAACGACAUUUUAUACUAAAGACAUGUUACGUGCCUACAAAAUCACCGCAAAAAGUGAGCCGAAUUUACUACUACGCUACUCCACUGAGAGCACACAUGAACAAUUUUGUUUGCCGGAAAAAAUUCCAUUAUACGUAAAAUUAUUAUUUAUGUUUAAACAGUUUUUAAAGUUGCUAAAUACACAACUCGACAUUGUAUAUGUAUAUUUAGGUAUUAUUUGUAUAAAUAACUUUCGUUGUUUACUAUGAGACUCAAUGAAAUGCUGUCAAUUAUGCUUUUAUUUGCCAUUUUUCUUGAAUAAUAUUGAAGAUUGCUGACGCCGUCGUGCUGACUCGAGAAUUUAUUAGUUUAUGAAUUUGUAUUUGUUAUGGCUGCAUCACUGUCGCGUUCCGUGCGCUCUAUCUGUUUAUUAUUCUUUAAUCUGUGAUUAAUAAUUAUAAAAUUAAAUAUAUACUGCCUUAAUAAUAUAUAGUACUACAGUGAUGCCGCUAAGAGUGCGUUUCGGACCUUUUCAAUUAGUCAUCAUCAUUAAUAGUCUGUUUUAUAGGAUUUAUAGGAGGAGAUAUGUAGCUUAGACCCGCCACGCCGUUCCAAUGCGGGUUGGCAGGUUCUUAAAGUGAUGAGGUUGUUAAUGAUAGAUAAUACCAAAACAAAAUAUAGAUUCGAAACCGGACCACUCCUAAGAGAUUAUGGUUCCAUAUCUAAUAUCUAUACACAAAGGCACAAAAUCCGCCCACUUUAAUACACUCGCGUCAUUAAAGUGGGCGGAUAAUUAUGCCUCUGAGUAUAUAAUAAGAGAACUGUUUGAGUUUAAGUGAAACGUCAAACGUAUGUUUAAAUAAAUAAAAUAAAGUAAUAAUGUCUACACAAAUGAUACAACAUAUUUUAUUACACAAAAAUCUAAUAAAUUUGUAUUUAUUUGCAUAUUUAACUGAAUAAAGAAUACUAUUUUUUUAUUCGAAAAUUCUGCAUUUAAGAUUUUUGUAAAACAACCAUUAUUUAUAUCUUAUUUUAUAUACAGGAAACACGAUAAUAACCCACGCGGUUGUCUAUAAUUUAAUUUGUCUACAUUUAUUCUCUAUAAUGUGUUAACUUUAAAUUUUUUUUAAACAUUUAUUUUAUGCGUUUAUUUUGAGAUGAUAAUCUUGUAUGUUAGUUAUGUAAUUAAUAUAAGUCUAAAUGUCUAAUUGGCUGCUGUGUUUUCUAGUGCUCACUAUUAGUAGUUAUUUAUUUGAAAAAAAAAAAACAUUUUGUAACACAAUAUGUUACGGGAAAUUAUAUAGGCAAGUAUUGUUUCAUCCAUAUUGUAAUUAUUCUAUUAAAAAUGUUUAUACAAAAAUAUCAAUAUCGGGUAAUGUUAAAUUUAUUUAAAAUUUAAUUUAAUUUAAAUAAAGAUAUUUUGAAUGUUAGAUAAUCUAGUGCGCUUUGCUAUUGCAAAAUAUACUCAGAGGCACAAUUAUCCGCUCACUUUAAUACGCGAGUAUAUUGAACUGUGCGGAUAAUUGUGUCUCUGAGUAUAUUUCAUUAAUAUAAACUAUUUUACCUGGCACCUAACACAAUACACUGUGUAAUGUAAUUUUUGGUUGGUGGGAGGCUUCGGCCGUGGCUAGUUCCUACCCUACCGGCAAAGACGUACCGCCAAGCGAUUUAGCGUUCCGAUACGAUGUGUAGAUUUUCACAAGUUCGCUUUCAUCUUAGAUUGCAUCAUCACUUCCAUCAGGUGAGAUCGUAGUCAAGGGCUAACUUGUAGAGAAUAAAAAAAAAGUUUGCUCUAUGACUCAAUAGUAAUGGUAGUCGAGAGGUAAUGGGUUCGAUUAUCUAUUCGGUUCUUAGUAUCUUUAUUUAAAGAGCUUGCCUACAUUUAUGUGUUUAUGCGCAUAAAAAUCCCGUACGUGUGUUACCAUAUUUUUAUUGAGGAACAAAAUUUAUUUGCUGUUUUGAUAUUGUGUAUGUAUUUAAAUACAAAUAUUAUACUGUU